CAAGUCCACGUUGGGGGCGCACGCAUGCGCGUUGCCAACGGCACCCGGUUCGGUAUUUCCUCGGGUAGAGGCGCCGAUUGGACCCACGGCCAGGGCAUGAUGGUGGUGGGUACUGGCACCUCGCUGGCACUCUCCUCCCUCCUGUCUCUGCUGCUCUUCGCUGGGAUGCAGAUGUACAGCCGCCAGCUGGCCUCCACGGAGUGGCUCACCAUCCAGGGCGGCCUGCUGGGCUCCGGCCUUUUCGUCUUCUCUCUCACUGCCUUCAAUAAUCUGGAGAAUCUUGUUUUUGGCAAAGGAUUCCAAGCGAAGAUCUUUCCUGAGAUUCUCCUCUGCCUUCUCUUGGCUCUUUUUGCAUCCGGCCUCAUUCACCGAGUCUGUGUCACUACCUGCUUCAUCUUUUCCAUGGUUGGUCUGUACUACAUCAACAAGAUCUCCUCCACUCUGUACCAGGCUACAGCUCCAGUCCUCACACCAGCUAAGGUCACGGGCAAGGGCAAAAAGAGAAACUGACCCUGAAUGUCCAAUAAAGUGGAUUCUUUGUAA